AAGCACACAUGAGAACACACACUGGAGAAAAACCUUUUUCUUGCUCAGUAUGUGGUAAAGGUUUUGGACUUAGUCAGAAUUUGAAAGUACACAUGAGAAGACACACUGGUGAAAAACCUUUUUCUUGCUUAGUAUGUAGUAAAGGUUUUGUUCUAAGUGAACAUUUGAAAUCACACAUGAGAACACAGGGUGAAAAACCUUUUGUCUGCUUAAUCUGUGGUAAAGGUUUUGCACACCGUAAUACUUUGAAAAGACACAUGAGAACACACAUUGGUGAAAAAUCUGUUUCCUGUUCAACCUGUGGUAAAUGUUUUACACAAAGUCAAUAUUUAAAAGUACACAUGAGAAGACACACUGGAGAAAAUGCUUUUUCCUGUUCAAUCUGUGGUAAAGUUUUUACACAAAGUCAAGAUUUGAAAGUACACAUGAGAACACACACUGGAGAAAAACCUUUUUCCUGUUCAACCUGUGGUAAAGGUUUUACACAAAGUCAGGAUUUAAAAAAACACAUGAGAACACACACUGGUGAAAAACCUUUUUCUUGUUCAAUCUGUGGUAAAGGUUUUACACAAAGUCAGAAUUUAAAAAAACACAUGAGAACACACUUGUGAAAAAUCACAUUCCUGUUCAAUCUGCAACAGAAGCUUUGGUGAACGAUCAAAGCUUGAAAGACACAUGAGAGAAAGUGUUGAGUUGCAGUGUGUGUGGUGAAAGAUUGUCUUCUAAGUACCAGUGUAAGAAACACAAGUGUGCUGGUGAGAACAGCAGCAGCAAAUGAAACUGCAGGAUUUGAAAUAAACUGUCCAGACUUUCAUUUUGACUUUCUAACAACAUCAGCACAUAUAACAUGUGUGACAUUGUUGUUUGUCUAACAAUCUGUUUUAUAUGCUUCUACAUUUAUAGAUUAGAUAUUUUAUAUUAUCGUUUUUUUCAGUCAAGUACAUGCAUUAAUAUGCAACAUUGUGUACUUUUAUUAAAAAAUUGACAGAACAAUUUGAGUAAAAAGAUGAGAGUAAACAAUGAAAUACAUAUUUUGCAUGCAAUAAACUUGUGUGUAUGUAUACACACACUCAUAUAUAAAUAUAUAUUUUGUGUAUGUUCAUCAUACAAUUUUAGACCGAUUCAUAUGAAAUAUUGAAGUAUAACAUAUUUGUAUUUCUACUUGUUAAUAAUCCCGUAGAUCAGUGGUUCUCAAAUGGGGGUACGCGUACCCCUGGGGGUACUUGAAAGUAUGCCAAAGGGUACGUGAGAUUUUAAAAAAAUAUUCUAAAAAUAGCAACAAUUCAAAAAUCCUUUAUAAAUAUAUUUAUUGAAUAAUACUUUAACAAAAUAUGAAUGUAAGUUCAUAAACUGUGAAAAGAAAUGCAACAAUGCAAUAUUCAGUGUUGACAGCUAGAUUUUUUUGUGGAAAUGUUCCAUAAAUAUUGAUGUUAAGGAUUUUAUUUUCUCUGAAGAAAUGUUUAGAGUGACGACGCUGAUUCCCGAUUCUGGUAAAACCUCCUUAGUACUUGCUAGCUUCUGCGCUAUGCUUUUGUUUUUUUCUAGCUCUUAUGCUAGUUCUGUUGGUUUUGCCUUUUGUGCCUCGUGCCAGUUUUUCUGUUCUUAGUCUGUUUUAUAAGUUUAAAUAAAUCUAUAUUUCUUACCUUACGCUGUGUCCGAGCCCGAACUGCAUCUUGAGAGAACGACCCGCAACACCAUGCCAGCCAAACAUCACAGGGUCUCUAUAAUGUAUUUUAUUCAUUAUCGUUAUUACUCUGUAAUAUGAUGAUUGUGUUGUGAUUGUUUUAUAUGUAUGUCCCCAGACCUUUAUGCAAUAUAAAAGUGAGAGAAAAUGGCAGAUUUUUUUUUUUGGGGUGAAAGGUGGUUUUGUUUUUACGAACAUACAUUUGUGGAUAUAUCAAAUAAAUCCAGUAUUUUGUUUUAAAAACAAUGUUUUUCUUUUUCAACAUCCCCAAAACAACAUCAAUAUCAGUCAAAGUUUGGAGUGUCAGACAAAAGCCAAUAUUGUACAUCAUCCCACAGAGAUUUACUUUGCAUACAUUCUUAAAAUAAACUGUUUAUUGUGUUUCCCAAU